UAUAAAAAAUCCUACUAACAAGUUUGUAUAAAAUUUUGCAGAGGAGAAGGACAAGUGUAUAACCCAUUUUAAUUGGCUAAAAUAUAAUACAGCACCAUGGUUUAUGGUACAAAAUCAUUGGGAGCAUUCGCGAGCACUUAGACAAGAACGUAUUGCAAAGCUACAUAGUAACUUACAUACGUUAUUUGAGGAAUGGCCUGUUUUAAAGCAACCACGAGGAUAUACUUUGAUUGACAAUGAUUAUAUUUUUUCUUUUGAGGAAACGACUAAUAUUUAUACUGAAUGGGCACAAUUCUCACAAAAAUUACAAAAAGUUAUUAAAGAGAAUCUAAAAGAUAAAUAUUAUUAUACAUUAUAUCAUGAGAGCACUUUAGAUGAGAUAACUGAAGAGUCAAGAAGAGUUAUACUCUUGUCAUUAUUGCCUGUGGUAUGUCCUCCUCAAGCCAGAGUCAAAUUUGAUAAAAACAAAUUAUGGAAGCCAAGUAUAGCUGAAUCAAUUUCAGGAUUUAUUUUACAUAUUAAGACGCCAAGAGAUAUUGAAAUAGAAAUUCAACAGAAGAGAAAUAAGGCACUAGAAUUAAAACAAACUGUGCAACCAUUUAUUAUUAUCGUUGGUCCAAGUUUAAGGCAAAUAGACAGUUAUUAUGUCGUGGUUGACGAUAUCUUAUAUAAAUUGGAGAAUAUUUUGAAAGCCAUAGAUAUUUGCUUUAAAGUAUUUAUGGUAUUAGAUGUACAAUAUCCUAUCGAAUGUGAACAGGUAUGGCUGUUUUUUCAACUGUACAUUUAUAAGCAACGAACUAAAAAUGACAAAGUGAUUAAAUCAGUCCUAGAGUUUCACGAAAAAAUUGAUAAUGCGUAAAUAGUUGGAACGAUUUCUA